AUGAGUGAGAUUCUUAAAACUCUUGGUGGCAAUACUGGUGAUGACGAUGAGAUUGAGCUGGCCACAAGUGGACUUGAGAUUCCUAUGGAUGGGGGCACUUUGAUCAGGUCAUUGUUGUCCUGCUUCUGGGCCCUAAUUGUUUGUAUCCAAAAGUCACCUGGCACAAAACUUUAUUUGAGAGAAUGUUGUGCCAAGGCUAUUAUGCAUUUCAUUGAACAUGCUGACCACAAAGACUCUGUACCAAAGGCAAAGGGUUGUACACCUAAAUACAGUGCAUGGGUGUUCAGUGAUAAUGAUUGGAAUAUGAUGGAAAUAAUCAGAGAUGCGCUCAAGGUUGCAGGUCAUGCCCAACAAUCAUUCUCCCAGACUUCGAAGGCUUCAAGUGCUCCAUACUUACUCUCAGUCUAUGAGGGGCUGAUUACAACUUGGGAGGGGAUGCGAAAAAACCCGAAAUAUUCCUACAUCUAUGAUGCACUUGAUGCUGGCAUUGCUAUUAUGAGGAAAUAUUAUGAUGAAACAGAGGUGUCGCCUCUUGCCAUUCUUGAAGAAAUUUCACGUUGCCCCACAGGACUUACUCCAUGA